UUAGUCACCAUCGUUCAGCUAGCUGUGUAUCUUUUGUCUAUCAAAAAGAUUUUAUUUUACUUAUUUUGCCAAAAUGAUGGGAUCAUCUCGGUCUGCUCGAGCCGAAACUCGAAGUCGUGCUAAGGAUGAAAUUAAACGUGUUAUGCAAGCCAUUGAUAAAGUCCGGAAAUGGGAGAAAAAAUGGGUUACAAUUGGCGACACUUCAUUGAAGAUCUUCAAAUGGGUUCCAGUUGUUGAAGUCAAAGGGAAGGAUAAAGAAGAAGAAGACAAGAAAGGAGAAGAGUCAGCUGAUUCUAAUAAGGAAAAUCACCCUGACGGCAUGGGGUCAGAUAUGACAGAUCUUAGUAAACGCAAGGAGACAGAUGAAUCACAGAAAGAGAGUUCACAAGGACAAAGUGAUUCAAGACAGUCUAGUUCUGGACCCCUGAGGCAUAGAGAUGUUACUGCCCUCAUUGAAGAUGCCAGGCUGACUCCGUCAUCUGCAUUGAGUAAUGAUGAUUCCAACAUGGGCAAUGACGAUUCAACCAUGGAUUCUACCUACAGUAGUGACAAUGACGAUAGGAGCAGCACAACAGGAAUGAGUGAAGGAGAUAGCAGUCGUGGUGCUUCGGCAACAAAUGAUUCCAUACAACAUGUACAAGACAGACGGAAAUCAUCAGAGAACUCCGGUAAACAAGUUGCAGAUGACGGGCCCCGAAACUUCGGCAAUUUAAAGAAAGAUGAGGCACCCAGCCAGUCUCUUGCACAAUCCUCUGAACCAACCGCCGAGCAGCAGGACGACAGAAACACCAAAUCAGCUCGACCAAGUUCUCAAAAGCCUGUUGAUGAUGACGAACCUCCAGCCAAGCAGCCCCGCCUUCACACAGACGACUCCUCAAGUUGAUCAAGUUUCAAGCUGUAUUUAUAUUUUUAUCCAGUAAACUCAACUCUGCAUUCUUCUACAGUCCACUUGGAUCAUGAACAAUGCCUGUUAAUAUGACCUUGAUUGCCCAAACCAUCAAGAGGGCUUGAACCAAUGCAUUGUCAGUAAAACAAAAUGGCCGACUGUUGAAGUUUAGCAAGGUUGUUGGCAGCUUUAAACCAUAGCUGUAAACUGACUAUAGUUUUGUUGCCUUUGUUUACAUGAUGCUUUAGACUGUACAGAUGGUACUUUGCAUACCAGUCAACCCAGCUACUUGAUUGGGCAGUUAUUGGGAAAGAUAUACCCUCCUACUGUCUGAUUGGUCAAUGUCAUCCACAUGGUUUUGAAUGAUGAAUUGAUACAGGCAUUUAUGCAGCCUGCUAUGUGAUGUACAUAUUGCAUGUAAACAGUGCACUAGUCAUUCUGUGCACAGUUGCUCCACCAUACAAAACCUGUUUGAUGUUGCAGCACAGUGCAAUUCUCUAAAAUAAUGAUGAUGCCGGAGUAGGAACUCAAGCCUAUUUUUGGAAACUACCUUAAGAGUUGCAUCUGCCAAUAAUGGCCAUGUUGGGUAACUAACAAGGGGACCAGACUAAAUGAAAUUGGCCUCAUUCCAAGUCUUAAAUUUUACCUGUAAAAUUCAUCAAAAUAGCCAGUCUUAUGCAUUGAAUUGCAGAAUGGGUUAAAGAAAAAGCCAAAGACAUUAAGAGUUUUUGGAGUGUAAUUAUUAACUUUUAUUUAUCGUUCGUUUCAUUGUCGGGACCAAUUUGAACUAUUGCAACAACUGCACAGCAAUGACAGCCUAGAAUACACAGAGGCCAUGGCCUUCAUUGCCCCUGUCUUGGCCUUGGUGCCCCUUCAAAAGUUUCCUAAAACCUUUAAGGUUUCCAAUUGAAGUGCCCUUGCUUUCGAUAGGCAAACCCUGUUACUUAUUUGGAUAAUACGUUUAGGUUUUGGGACUCUUAGUGUUACACAUAGACUUGAAAUACAUGCAUAGAAUUAUAUCAAAGUGUAAGUACUUGCCAGCAACAGUACUGUGGGUUGUAAAGGAAGGUUUACGUUUGGUACCACUCUUAAAAUGAAUGGCAGUAUUUACUAGCAAAGUAAUGUGGUUAUGGAAGGGGAAAAAGACAAGUCUCCAUCCCAAAAAUUUGAAUCUGAGAAGCUUUACUGUCGGACAUGUUUCUCAGAUUGUGUGUUCCAAUUAUGUAUUAUAUAU